GUUUUAUUUUGGUGAAGCCAAUUAUGGAGAAAGUUGAAAUUGGCAUGCAGCCAUACUUAAAAAAUUACCGUCCACCACCCUGCCACUUCAGCAUCGCGUGCCAUCGGCAUCUGAAUUGACACCAGUCCAUCUUUUCCGAUAGGAAUUGAAACUUGAAAUUCUUGCCGGUGAGAAAGUGUUAAGAAGAAGCUAGGAUGGUCGAAGUGAACUGGGAGCUGAAGAGCUUCUGUAACCACGAUCAAAGGAUCUUCCUUCUCACAAUAGGCGUUUACUCCAUUGUUAUCUUCGUUCUGUGGAGAACAUUCAUUCUAACUCCUUUUAAGCUCAUUACUGUAUUUCUUCAUGAGGCAAGCCAUGCAAUUGCUUGUAAACUUACAUGUGGCCAGGUGGAGGGCAUGGAAGUUCAUGCAAACGAGGGUGGAUCAACACAAACGCGUGGUGGUGCUUAUUGGUUGAUUUUGCCUGCUGGAUAUCUAGGUUCUUCAUUUUGGGGAAUGGUUCUGAUACUUGCAUCAACAUAUCUUAUGACCGCAGAAAUUGCUGCCGGUUGUUUUAUUGCAGCACUGGUUGUGGUACUGUUCUAUGCCAAAAAUUGGACGCUUCGAGGACUUUCCAUUGGAUUCAUCGUUUUCAUUGCGUUAGUAUGGGUUCUUCAAAGAAUGACUGAAGUACGGGUUCUUCGCUAUGUCAUUCUAUUCAUUGGUGUUAUGAACAGUUUGUUUUCUGUCUAUGAUAUAUAUGAUGACUUGAUAUCGCGGAGGGUUCACUCCAGUGAUGCGGAGAAGUUUGCAGAAUAUUGUCCAUGCCCUUGCAAUGGUGUUGCCUGGGGAGUUAUCUGGGGGGUGAUAUCUUUCGUAUUUCUUUGUGCAGCAGUUUACCUUGGACUUGUUAUUUUAUCUUGAGGUGAUAUGCCAAAUUCAUUGUGUGAAUCUAGGUAGGGGCCGUGCUUCAAUUCCCAUCUAAUUCAUCCUUCCAAUGUGCAUUUUCAAGUACAUGCAAUGGUAUAUUACGGCCCACCAUAAUCUUAUUUCCGUUGUCUUGUACUAUACCAAGUGUGUGUAUGUACUCUUGAUGUCCAUUAGGACUUCGAUUGAAAUUUGUAUUUUAUUUUAAUUGUGUUGCAUGAUCUUAUUGGUUGAUCCGGGAGUUAUCAUGGUCGGAUUGCGCAAAGAACAUGACAGAUAUACAUGUAUACAUAUAUGAGUGAUUUAGAUUUUUUUUGAAGAUCGGCUAUGUUGAUAUAAUAAAAAUCAUAAACCUUACAUCUGAC